GGCAGUCUGUGCUCCCCCAACCACGAGGUAGCACCCGACCAACCCUUGGCGCCGCGUCACGAAUCGUGACAAUGGGCACGUAGCUCUUCCACAGUUGAGAGCACACCGGCCCCAUCGGCUCUCCCCUUGUGCUCUCAAAUAUUUACUCGCUGGUGGUUACACUCCAUUUCCGACUUCACCUAGCCUAUCGGGCCGCCCUAUCAGCGACAGAUCGUCGCAGAUCGCUUGCACGCCCUCAAACGAAUUACCUGCAACAAUGGGCUCUACUCUCUCCGUAGUAAAGACGCUGAUCGUCCCGGCGCUGAUCUCGCUCAUCAUCUUCCUCGCGACGACCUACGCCUUCAUCCCGCUCUGGCAGCGCUACCGGAGCCGGUACAGCCAAUACCUCCCUCUCGAAACCAUCUCCACGCAGACGUCCUCGCUCGGGGCGCGCCUGCAGGCCCGACUGGGCCGCGUUCUGGUGCCGUCGUCGUGGCGGACGAGGCUGCACGACCGGCUGGUCAUCGGCCGGGCUGAGGAAGCUUCGGACGGCGGCUACGACUCGGAGGAGGGCGAGGAGCUCGGGGAGGUCGUUGACGGCGCGGGCGCGAGGGGGGUGGGCGAGCAGAGGCACGGCGUUGAUGAUGCGAGGAGGUUGAGCAGGGACCUUGAGGAAGGAUUUAGAGACGACAGCGACGAGGAGAGAGAGAUAACAGCACCGAGGCGUUAAGGCUUGUUUUUAGGUUUUCAUGAUGUGAAUGACGAAAGAUAUCCAUAUACGAUAUACCCACUUGCUAGAACUAUCGGAAGCGUUUACCAGCCCGGUGAGGACCGACCUUCUAAGGGGAAGAUGCAGCUCUUCAAAAUUCCCGGCCUCUGUUCAG